UGGAAAACAUGGAUAAUCUACAGUUCUACCUUAAUAAAACACCUUCAAAUCCUGAUGAUGUGUAUAUUGAUGAUUUUCACCAAUACUGGAAAGGACGCUAUGAGAAACUUGAGAGAGUCCACUCUUAUAUUCAGUGGUUGUUUCCACUGCAAGAGCCUGGAAUCAACUACAUGGCCCAUGAGCUUACGGUGAAGGAGAUUCAGGCAUUUUGUAACAAUGAGGAAGCCAAGCAGAGGCUGCUGACAUCUUACGAGAUGAUGUUGGACUUCUACGGCAUUACCCUUGUCAACAAAGAGACGGGAGAGGUCAAGCGCUCAGACAUUUGGCUGGAGCGAUUUGAAAACCUAAACCGAUACACACACAACAACUUACGAAUCACCCGGAUUCUGAAGUGUCUCGGGGAGCUUGGGUUCCGUCAUUAUCAGGCCCCGCUGGUGCAGUUCUUCUUGGAGGAGACUCUUGUACAUGGGAACCUGGACAGAGUGAAACAGAGUGUGCUGGACUACUUCCUGUUUGCUGUCCGCGACAAGGAGCAGCGCAGGAAACUGAUCGAGUUUGCCUUCAAGCACUACCAGCCCAGAGAUGAGUUUGUGUGGUGUCCUCGAAAGAUCCAGAAAAGAUUGCUUAAGAAAGUGGAAAAUAAAUUACCGCAAGAAACUGGGUCCUCAGUUGAUCCGUCACCCCAAAACAACAGAGAGAUGGAACACCCCAGCAGCCCAGGCUCAGGUAGUCUCAAUGAGGAGAGUCCAUCCAAAGGAAAUACCCAGGAGUCAGGGGCUGAAAGUAACUUAGAAAGUGAAGAUAUUCCAACUAGUCUCCAUCCAACACCACAACAAUUGGGUACAACUCAAAAUGCACUAGACAGGGGGACCAAAGCAGAAAUGCAAGGUAGCACAUCACCUGUAAAGGACCUACACAACAACCAAGAAAUGGAGAGGAGUGGCACCACAAAAAACACACGAACAGCAGAGCAGGAAGCAGUACGGGAAAAGCUAAAAAAGGAAGGAAAAGAAGAAAUGGCAAGGGGUCCAGAAGGUGAGAUACCUAGCCACCCAGAUGAAGCGAAGGCAGGGGCCUCUGGUAGCAACAAUCCAGCUCAACAUGAUGGGGGCUCCAUUAGUCCAAGGGACACUCAACCAUACAAGAAUUCAGAGACUCUCACUUUCAGAAGUGAAGAUGCAGACAGUCUCACUCUCACAGCUAAAGAUGCACCAAGUCAUACAUUCACAGAAGUAAUCGCAGAGAGCCAAACAUUUAAAGGUGACAUGGAAGAGAGUCCCAGAUCCAAAGGUGGAGCGGAAGAGGGUUGCAUACCUGAAGGUGAACUGCAAGACAGUCAGAGACAUCAAGGUGGGUUAGAGGGGAGCCACAGAGCUACAGGUGGAACUGCAGAGAGUCACAUACGUGAGGGUGGAGAAGAAAAGAGUCACAGAACUGAAUGUUGCAUUGAGGGAAGCCACAGAACUGAAGAUGAAACUGCAGCGACUCAACCACUCACAAGUGAAAAUGCAGAGAGACAUAGACUCACGGGUGUAAUGUCAGAGAGCGACAGACUUGAAGGUGAAAAGGAAGAGAGUCACACGGCUAAAAGUGGAGCAGCAGAGAGUCAGCCUCAUGGAAGUGGAGUGGAAGAGCGUCAAAGACCUAAGGAAGAAGCAAAAGGGAGUCAUGAACCUGCAGAGAUUCACACACAUAAAGAUGGAAAAAAAGAGGUUCCCAUGCCUGAAGAUGAAAAAGAAAAGAGUCAUUACAGAACUGAAGGUUGUUUAGAAGAAGGUCACAGACCUGUAGGCGGAAUGGAAAAGGGUUACAGACCUGAGGGUGGAGCUGCAAACAUUCACAGAUUCAAAGAUGAAAUUGAGGUUAUUCACAAGCUUGAAGGCCACAGUCCCAAACGUGGAGCAGAAGAGAGACCUGAAGAUGGAACUGCAUACAGUCAGAGACCUGAAGAUGGAAUAGUAGUGACUCAGAGACUGGGAGCUGGAGCAGAAGAAAGUCAUAAACAUGAUGUUAGAACAGAAGAAUGUCAUGGAUCUGAAGGUGGAGCUGUAGAUAGUCAGAGUUGUAAAGGUGGAACAGAAGAGAGUCACAAACAUAAAGAUGGAGCAGAAGGGACUCACAUAGUUCAGGGUGGAGCACCAGAAAGAGGCAGAUCUGUAGGAAGUACAGAAGAGAGUCAUAGAUCUGAAAGGAGAGCAGAAGAGAGUGACAGAUUUGAAGGGAGAGCAGAAGAGAGUCACAGACAUGAAGAUGGCCCUACAGACAAUCAGAUGGGUGAUCAAUCUGAGAAGCUUUGGGCUAGUCAAAGUGAUCAAGGUAGUGGUGGACAGAUAGGGGAAGCACUAAGCAUGCAAGGCAAUAACAGGGAUGCAAGUCCAGAGUGUAUGAUCUGUGAGAACUCAGAUUUAACAGCGAGGGAGGAUGGGAAGGAGAAGACUGGUGACCAAGACCAAGAUCAAGAAGAGCCAAUGGAUACUUACUCAGACAAUACAGAGUCACAGAUGGAGUAUUGACAAGUCAUAGACAGAAGAGGUCCUCAUGGAGGACAUCGAUAACAGACCUGAGAGUGGACUCAUCACAGAGCUGAAGACAAUUCCACUCCAGAGGAAUUUUCCUACAUUUGUUACGGAAGCUGAACAAUGAAGCACAUUGCAGUCUAGACCUCAUCACGCCUUAUUAUUAACAGGGUCUGUGCAGCCAAAGUUUAUGGUCUGUUUGUCUCAAAUCGAGAAAAAUCUCAGGAAGAAAACAUCAAAUGUGAAAAUACUGUGCUGCUGUUGAUGUGUCAUUUGAAUAUAUCAUUGUUAUAUGCUUCAGUAACUGGCUGGGAUUUGAGAGAGUUUUGGUAGAGUUUAACUAAUAGCUUACUAAUAGAUUAUUAGGAUCAAUAUUUGAAUAUUUGAGAGAGGGAAUUUAGAAAGCAGACAUUUAUUGUGCAUGGUGGGGGUUGUAUUUGUCAUGUAAUGGAGAAAGGUAUAAAGAAGGCUGCAGUAAUCAGAAUAUGUGAUCUUAGAAGCCAUAGAAUAUUCAAAUAUAAAAAUGCACAUCCAGGGAAUCACAUGCCAAGUCUGGAACUCACUUCUGCUUCCUGUAUAUACAUGAAG